AUGUGAAUAUGCACAACUAUAAUUAAUCAGUUCACAGUCUACCUCAGCACCUAUAAUAUACCGCCUAUGAUUGAAAAAAUAUAAAAGCGGGGCAAAAAGGAAAUAUCUGUCAGUGUUGUCCACCUUUACGUAAAUACAUAUAAUGGUGACACAUUUGGAUGGCCUACUCAAACUGUUACUCUUUUUUUGUUUCGCGACAAAAGCCAUGGUUAGUUGUGGAGUUAAGUAGUGAGUUACUGAUAGAUUAACCGAGAUCUGUUUAAGGGAUUAAGUGAGGAAAUGCAAGAACUCGCGGAUAUGCUGCACAAGACGUGUGUGGAGGAAACAUCUGCUAAAGAAGAUGAUAUCGCCAACGCCAGGCAUGGAACAUUUGCAGACGAUGACAACUUCAAAUGCUACAUUUUCUGCCUAAUGGCACAGAUGGCAUGCAUAGAAGACGAUGGAACGAUAGAUGAAGAUGCGACCAUAGCAGUAUUGCCAGAUGAAUACCGAGACAAGGCAGCACCUAUUGUACGAAAGUGUGGAACAAUAAAAGGAUUAACUCCUUGUGAAAGUGCCUGGCUGACUCACAAAUGCUACCAGGCUGAAGCACCAGACCUUACAGAAGAUGGUGACAUUGAUGAGGAUGCAUGCAUAGCAUAUCUUGCCGACAAUUACAGGGACGAAUUUAUUCCUAUAAUACGAAGAUGUGGAACAAAGAAAGGAGCCACUGUUUGUGAUACCGCCUGGUUGACAAACCAAUGUUGGGCUCAAGGUCCCAGGUAUCGAGUGCUGUGAACGGCCAAGCCGGGUAGAUUUUGUAGGCCUCCAAUUUAUUAGGGCAAGAUACAUAAUUAUUAUAAUGAUCAACAUACCAUCAACAAGAUUCAAGACACAAAUACAAUCAUCUACAUCCACGAAAUGUAUGAAAGUACUCAAUUAUAUUAGAAUACGUAGUUGUUUAGUGUUUUUCCAAAUUAUCUUGGUAGUAAAGUGCUAGAGGUGGUAAGAGAGUAAACCAUAUAAUUCUGUAAAAAAAUUAGCCGUAUGAAUGGGCGUUAUAUUUUUAUAUAAUUUAGUUGAUUGUGAUACUUCUAGUAUUUUGUCGUUGACGUAAAAAAAUUAUGUGAAAAAUAAUAAAAUUUUGUGCAUUUUUUGUCUCGUUUAUAAGAUCGUACAUUUCCCUACAAGGACUCAAUACUCAAUCAAUUUAAACGUUUAGAUAUUUCGCAUUGCCUUAUCAAAAUAUUUAUCAUUUUGAGUUAUUUGAACUUAGCUUUUGACGGAGUGAUCCAACAUCUGUAUGCGUUAUUACUAUGUAUGUAUAUUAAUGUUGAUAAUUAAACUUUAU